AUGGAGGAUGAUUUCUCAGAUGUGUCGGAGCUGAGCUCUGCGCCUGCGUCGCCCUCACCACCGCCCGGGUUCUAUCCCUCGCCUCCCCCGUCGCAGGACGCGGACGAGAGCCGCCAAGCAGAGCUGCCGCCCGCCCGGAAGAAGCGACGGACGGCGGCGCCCAAAGAGCGGCGCACGCAGCGUCUCGAUCUCCGCCUCGGCUCGGACGCCCAACAACAGGCCCAGAUCGAUCUGCUCACCAAAACCAUUCGUCGUCACCGCAAAAUCGUCGUCAUCGCCGGCGCUGGCAUCUCCACUUCUGCAGGCAUUCCCGACUUUCGGUCCACCGAUGGCCUAUUUAAAUCCUUGCAGAAAAAGCACAAUCUAAAGGCGUCCGGCAAACUACUUUUCGAUGCUGCCGUCUACCAGGAUGAAAACCUGACCGCUUCCUUCCAGGAUAUGGUGCGGUCGCUGUCCGAGGAGGCGGAGAAGACUUCGCCCACCGCUUUCCACCACAUGCUGGCUCGUCUCGGUCAGGAGGGUCGCUUGACUCGCCUGUAUACGCAAAACAUCGACGGCAUCGAAACAUCCAUGCCCCCCUUGGCCACGCAGAUUCCCCUGAACGUUAAAGCGCCGUGGCCGCGCACGAUCCAGCUGCACGGCAGUCUCGACAAAAUGGUGUGCCAGAAGUGUCGACACCUGGGCGAUUUCGAUCGCGUCAUGUUCGACCGACCCGAUGCGCCCGAAUGUCCCGAGUGCUCCAGAAACAACCAGUUCCGCAUGGAGACCGGACAGCGCAGCCAUGGAAUCGGCAAGAUGCGACCCCGCAUCGUGCUCUACAACGAGCACAACCCCGACGAGGAAGCCAUCACGUCUGUCAUGAAUGCCGACAUCCGCUCCCGCCCGGACGCGCUGAUCGUGGUGGGGACCAGCCUGAAGAUCCCGGGGGUGCGCCGUCUCGUGAAAAGUCUCUGUCAUGUGAUCCGCAGUCGCCGCAACGGAAUGGCCAUGUGGAUCAACAACGAGCCCCCCGUGGGGAAAGAAUUUGAGGAUUGUUGGGACCUCGUGGUGACGGGCGACUGCGAAAAAGUGGCCCAGCUGGCCGCUCUAAAACGGUGGGAUGACCACUCGGAGGAAAUCUUUGACGAAUGCAACUCGUCCGAGGUCGAGCGCGUGAAGAAGGGAUCAGAGGUGUCGAUCGUGGUCUCGACGCCGAGAAAGAGACAGAAGACGUCGACUGGCUUCCUCACGCCGUCCUCCAGCCAGGACGAGGAUGUCAAGAAAACCCAACACGCCCAGAACACGCGUGCCAAUCCCGCCAGUCGCGGACCCAAAUUGGAGGACGUCCUUAAAGGGACCAAGGCCGCUGCGCCCAAGAAAGCGGCCGCGAAGAAGAAGCCCGCCGCUGCCCCUCGGAAACGCACGACCAAGAAAGACGCGCCGGCCAAGAAUACCAAAAUCACCAACUUCAGCAAAGUCACCAAAGCGCCCAAGGUCGGCGCCGAAGACAAGUCCAUCAAGCUGGAAAAGGACGAUUCGAAACCGAUGCAUCCACUUCCUCCUGGUGCCGCGCGCAAUAAUGGACCGAUGUUCCCUCAUCUGAGUCAACAGAAGGGGGAGACCACGCCGACGCGCAGUAGUAGUCGCUGGCGUCAACCAGACACGAUCUCACCCAAAUCGGUACCUAACGGAAUGAGUGAGUUGCUGAACCAACCGACCGCAUGA